UGUGGAAUCGUAGGUCUUCCGAAUGUGGGAAAAUCCACUUUAUUUAAUGCAUUAACUUCUGCAAAAGCGCUUGCCGCCAACUAUCCUUUUGCUACCAAAGAACCAAAUCUAGGAAUGAUAGUAGUUCCAGAUGAACGUCUAGAUAAAUUGGAAGAAUUGGUAGUGCCACAGAAAGUAUUACCUACAAGUGUUGAAAUUCUAGAUAUUGCAGGUCUGAUAAAAGGAGCGAGUAAAGGUGAAGGGUUGGGAAAUCAAUUUCUUGCCAAUAUUAGAGAAGUAGAUGCCAUUGUCCAUGUGGUAAGGUGUUUUGAAGACGACAAUAUUCUGCACGUAGACGGCAGCGUCGAUCCAGUUAGAGAUAAAGAAAUCAUUGACUUAGAGUUGAUUUUCAAGGAUAUCGAGACUUUGGAGAAAAGAAUAGAAAAACUAAGAAAAACUGCAAAGUCUGGUAGUAAAGAUGAUGCAAUUGCCGCUGAAUGGGCAGAGAAAUUGCUGAAACAUCUUGAGUCUGAAAAACCAGCUAGAAGUUUUGAAGUGGAUGAUGCUUAUCAAGACUUGUUUAAAGACAUGUACUUAUUGACUUCUAAACCUGUUCUUUAUGUAUGUAAUGUGGAUGAAGCUUCUGUAGCAAGUGGAAAUAAUCACACAGCUAGAUUUAUUGAAUCUGUUAAAACUGAGAAUGCAGAGAUACUUUUUAUUUGUGCUGGUAUUGAAGCUGAAAUAGCAGAAUUAGAAAGCAAAGAAGAAAGAAUGGAAUUUAUUGAAGCGAUGGGUCUCGACGAACCAGGUGUCAAUAAAAUCAUCAGAGCUGCCUAUAGAUUACUUAACCUUUACACUUACUUUACUGCAGGAGUGAAGGAAGUACGUGCUUGGACGAUCAAAAAAGGAUGGAAAGCACCACAAGCGGCAGGCGUCAUUCACACAGAUUUUGAGAAAGGUUUUAUUAGAGCUGAAGUAAUCAAAUACGCAGACUUUGUCAAAUAUGGUUCAGAAGUAGCAGUAAAAGAAGCAGGUAAAAUGGGUGUAGAAGGCAAAGAAUACGUCGUAGAAGAUGGUGACAUCAUGCACUUUAGAUUUAAUGAACGUCCUGAACAUGUAACACUAGCAGAUUUUCUGAAGGUAGACAAGGAUGUCUAUCCAUUAGGAAGACUUGAUAAAGACUCUGAAGGUCUUUUGAUUUUGACCAAUGAUAGAUCGCUUAAUUCACUUUUGCUUUCUCCGUCACAACACCACAAAAGGUCAUAUUUUGUACAAUUAGACAAUGAACUUACCGAUCAAGCCAUUGCAAAGAUUAGUAAAGGUGUCGAGAUAAAAUUAGAAACUGGCGAUUACAAAACAAGGUCAUGUACUGUCAAGAAGUUGCAAAAACCACCUUUACUGCCUGAAAGAAAUCCACCAAUUAGAGUUAGACAAAAUAUUCCGACAUCUUGGGCACUCAUCGAGCUUACAGAAGGGAAAAAUAGACAAGUACGUAAGAUGUUUGCUUCCGUAGGUUUUCCUGUGCUGAGAUUGGUAAGGGUACAAAUUGAAGACCUAAAAUUAGGUAAACUUGAACCAGGUAAAUAUUACGAGAUAAAAGCUGAUGAAUUAUUCAAAUUGAUCAAAAUCGAUCCAUCUGCCCUAACAAAACCAAAACCAACUGCAAAAAGGAUUUAUGGACCUUCCAAAACAACAAAACCUGCUGACAAACCAACAACACCAAAAGAU